AUGGCGGUACACGUGAAUUGGAAGCAAAUGGACAAAUCUAGCGGACCAAACGUAAAAGAUAUAACAGAGGAAUUUUUUAUUGAGACUGUUGCUGGCAAGCACAAUGAUGAUAUUGCCUUAACUCUCUUUUCUGGUGAUAUUGAACGAGGCUUAGAGUUUGUAGAUGACAAGAAAGACAUGUUUCGGAAAUUGGCAAAAGAGCAAGUAAAGCCAUUGAAUGGCUUUGAUAAAGUGAGGGAAUGGAUUGAAAGUUGUGGGCUGAAGCGAGCGGCAGUAACCAAUGCUCCAAGAGCUAAUGCAGAAUACAUGAUCUCAUUGCUUGGUCUCUCAAACUUUUUUCAAGCUGUCAUUAUUGGUGGAGAAUGUAAACAUGCCAAGCCAAUGCAUGCAUGUACGGGACCGACGCACUAA